AUGGUAGCUAAAUCAAAGGCUCACCGGGCUAGAAUGGUGCCCAACUGGAAUUAUGAUCAUCAUCAACAGCCUUCAAGUUCUAUGACGGCCAGGACAGUACCCUCUCACUUCUUCAAGAUAAUCCUCCCAUCCACCAUGCAACAAAUGAAACUGAGCAUCCCUGAAAAGUUUGUGAGGGAAUUUGGGGAUGAACUAUCCACUGUUUCCAAACUCACUGUACCCUAUGGUCCUAGUUGGCAAGUGGGAUUGGAGAAAGUUGACAAGAACAUUUGGUUUUGUGAUGGUUGGAAGGAUUUUGUCGAAUACCAUUCUAUUUGUUGUGGUUACUUUCUAGUCUUUGAAUAUCAAGGAAAUUCAAAUUUCCAUGUUCUUGUAUUUGAUAAGACUGCCACUGAGAUUCAGUAUCCGUUGAGCAAGAACUGUAAAUUAGAAGAUCAGGUGGACAUUAUGGAAUUAGAUGAUGCAAACAUAUCAAUGCACGACAAGAAUGAAAACGAAAUGUCUAAAUCAGAUGAUGAGUUGCCCACAAACCAUAAAGAAGUGGGAGAAAAAUCUGUAAAGAAACAAAUUUCUGGCAUGUCUUCAAAAGGGAAACUCAUGAUGUCCAGAGGAAGAGAGAGAGUAAUGCAAGCAGCCAGAAGGCUUAGGCCUAAAAACCCUUCUUUCAUGGGAAUCAUAGGGCGUGCUAAUAUGCAUAAACAUAUAAUGUUGCAAUCUUUCUUUCUUGUGCAGUAUAUUCCUGCCAGAUUUGCUAUCAAUCAUCUUUGUGGGCCUCAAAUUGCGAAGCUGGAGACAUCUGAUGGAAGACAAUGGUCUGUCAAUUGCCAUAACAGAGGUCGCUUAAGUUCAGCUAUGAACAUAGGGCGGGGAUGGAUCGUAUUUGCCAGGGAGAAUAAUUUAGAAGAAGGAGAUGUUUGUGUCUUUGAGCUGAUCAAGAGGAAGCCUGUUGUGCUUAAUGUGUCAAUAUUUCGUGUAGCUGAUUAUGCAUUGCCAUAUGUACCUGCUGGAUUUGCUUUCAAGUAUCUUCAUCAACAUGACCAAAUUGCCAAACUAGAGAAUUCUGAUGGAAGACAAUGGCCUGUCAAUUGCUAUUACAAACCUUCAAGCUCAGCAAUGAAUAUGGGGCAGGGAUGGAUUGAGUUUGCCAGGCAUAAUGAUUUAGCAGAAGGAGAUGUUUGUGUCUUUGAACUGAUCAAGAGAAAACCUGUUGUGCUUAAUGUGUCGAUGUUUCGUGUAGUUUACUAUGAUAUACCAGAGAAAUAA